AUGAUCGGACCCGCAUGGAGCCUGUCUUGGAAACUGGGAUUGACAAACCAGCUGGUCGUUAUAGGCUUGUUGUUGAGCUUGAUGAAUGAGUGCACUGGUAUUCUUGCAGCUACCUUUUUCCUCAUCGUCGAGACCCGGCGAAAGACCCCGACACUGCAGAACUACGAGGCUAUUAUCAAGAAGAGUGUGUUUUUGGAUAAGGCGGACGUACGAUGGCGUGCAUCUUUCCUCCUUCUCACCCUCCUCCCUCUGGUGCUCAGCGUGGCAUACAAAAAGCUCAUUGGAGGAAGCAGUACGAUGGAGAUCCAGAGCCAGUUUCCACGGUACUACGGCCUCGUGCCGCUUCCCUUGGGAACGCUUAACGUGAUGAACAACUCGAUCUAUUAUAUGAUCAACGCAAGCGUCCCUUAUAUGGUAGCAUCCUCGAGCGCUCGUUCGACUCCGCGAUUUCCAGCAGUGUACGGAUUUAACACGAUCCUCCUAGACAAUACCUCCACGGCGUUGCUGGACUUGCCUUCUCCGGACUUUCUGUCUUCCAUUCAGCAAAAUUUGACUAUCGGGGAAUCCUGGAGCAUCUCAGCGGCAGUGGAUGGGACAAUCGCUCGAUACAAUGCAUCGAUCUCGUCCUACAGAGAUAAUGACGCCUUCUGGACGAGUGCGCUCAACCACUCCUAUAACCCUACCGGGUUGUCGACGAUUUCUCUCUACAAUGGCUAUCAAAUCGGGAUGAUCAAUGGCCUGCAGAGUCUACACAGCGAGAAUCCGGGGCCGUAUUGCCUGAUGGGCUUCUUCAAGGGAAAUGCAUACGGGCUGCAUAUAUAUAGUAAAAUGACCGAAUCUACUAGCCUCGCGUUCAGACAGGCCGCAUAUAUGUUCGAGAUCCAGCGAGAAAGGUGUCAGGGAAAGUGGACAGUGACACGCGGCAGCAUACAACUCGUCAGUGGCAGCUGCACCGGAGAAAGGGCCGAGCAAGUGGUUUUCAACAGCACCACGCCAUAUUACGCGGACACACUGCCUCUAUUGUCCCAAUGGCUGAGCCGGUACUCUCCCACAAAUUCUCACAGUCAGUCGCCAUGGCUGGUCCCAUCGUUGACGACCUCCGUUGCGAGCAUGUUCUGGGCUCGGAUCAUCUACAUGAAUCCGACGAACAACGUGUAUCCUGAAAUGUACUACCCACCGACUGAAGAAAUCAUCCGGUCGACACGGUUAACUCUCCAGGCGAAUUGGGGUCUGUACCUUACACUAUCUAUCCACCCCAUCCUUUGCACGAUGAUGCUACUUUCAAUCUGUUUCUGCUACCAAACCCCGGUCGGAACGGGAUUCGGCUUGAUCUCGGUUUUGGCAAGCAUCCGGAGAGACAGUCUCGAUCAGUUGCGGGGUGCCGGCUUGUCAGGGACCCUCACGAAAACAGUUCCUAUGAAGAUCGUUGUCCAGGACUCUCGCUCUCAUCCAAGGAUCCGGUACUCCUUGGGAGACAGUUUGGAGACCAAGGGCCAGUUGGAUAUAAAAGAGACGUACUUUUAG